UUGCCAAAAUGGCCGUUUCAGUGAGCGUCACACAUCAAAUCAACUUUGAAUAAAACCUCUGAUUUCUCAAUGACUCAGAGCUAAUUUCAUCUUUUUUGAGAUCAGCAUCAUGGACAUGUCAAAACAAGGGUCCAACAGGCACACCUUGCCACCUGUCAGUGUGAGGCAGCAGUCUAUUGGACACCAUUUUGCACCUCACUUGUCAUCCCCACAGCCUAAAACUCCUGUGCCCCAGAGUCCAGCUGUUGCUCCAGGCAAGGGCAACGGCCAGCAACAGAGUCCGUUUCAGCAGUUUCCCGCACACCAUGGGCAACACCAGUCAGCAGGACCUCCGCAUCAGCAGCAGCCACAUCAGUCAAACAUCUCUGGUGCCACAUCUCCUCCUUCUCAGAUGCCCCAUAGCCCGGACCCUUCCCAUGAUCUUCCCAUGGAACUACUUCAAAAGGGAUGGCGUCGAUUCUGGAGCAAACGCGAACAACGCUGGUACUACUUCAACAAGUUUACCAACCAAUCCAUGUGGGAGAUGCCUCCCAUUGGAAGCCCAGCUGGAGCCAGUAAGCAUGAUCCUUUAGGGAUUCAGAUCACCGAGGGCAAGGCUCAACAUCCCACCCCUCUUCCGGCUGGCUCCCCAGGACGCCCUGUCAGAAGGAAGUCGUCUGUGGAUGGUCACCCUCUCAGUCCAACUAUGAGAAAGGAUAUGCUUAAAGGCCUGUUUUGGGAUUUUACUUUGGAAUCAAAUGUCACAAUGCAAGAGCGAUUUCCCUGUACCAUGCCUCCACCACACAAUGACAUGGAAUUGAUGAGAAAUGUGUUGGUCAGUAAGCUGAGACAACAGUAUCAGGAACUCUGCAUGGCAAGAGAAGGUAUUAAUGCACCCAGUGAAUCGUUCAACCGCUGGUUACUUGAAAGGAUGGUUGUGGAUAAAGGCAAGGAUCCUAUGCUACCAAGCCAGUGUCCUGACCCAGUUUCACCUUCUAUGAUGAGAGAAAUCAUGAGUGACAUUCCAAUCAAGUUGUACAGGCCGAAUCUUCAUUCUACUGCCAGGAAACUUCUUUCCAAGUAUGCAGAGGCUGCAAAGAAAAUGAUACAGUCCAGGCCUGCUUCAUCAGAAAGCAGAAAGUUGGUGAAGUGGAACGCUGAGGAUAUCUUCACGUGGCUACGAAAGCAGCCAAACUGCACCAUUGACGAGUGCAUGAAACGGCUGACUUACCUGAAGGAGCAGUGUGGUCCCCAUCUCUGCGAGGUAGCAAGAAGUUCAAUUGAGAACAUCUGUGCCAAGGUAUACACCCUGUCCUGCGAUACAUGCGCUAAGCUCCAGAAGAAACACUGGGACAUCCUUAGGGAACACCAUAUUGAAGAGCCUCCACCGUUCACACGACCGCCAUCAGACAGAAAAAUGCGUUGUUACAACAUACAGAUGGCGGUACAGAGCCCUCGAUUGCCAGCUGUAGAUGUCCAUGAAGAAGGUUCUGUCACGUGUCUGAGAUAUAAGGGAGAGAUGAUGAAGAUCAAUACGCAACAUAUGAUGAAACUAGAUGCCUUGUACCAGUUCAACUGCCGAGAUGACCCCACCCGACACAAUUUCUUGCCAAGAGUUUGGUGCUUACUAAGGAGAUAUCAGACCCUGUUUGGUGUAGGAGAGAACGAAGGCCAUAAUCUUCAAGGAGCCCUUUCCUCAGGAGUCUUCAAAGCUAUCAAUGAACACUUUGGAGUCACCUUUGAAUGUUUCGCCUCGCCCCUCAAUUGUUACUUCAAGCAAUACUGUUCAGCUUUCGCCGAUACAGACAGCUUCUUUGGAUCGAGAGGGCCAAUCUUGGACUUCUUUCCAUUCAGUGGAUCAUUUGAAGCCAACCCACCAUUUGGAGAGGAACUCAUGGAAGCUACAAUCAUUCAUUUUGAGAAAUUGUUGGAGAGAACCACAGACCCACUGUCUUUCAUUGUCUUCACUCCUGAUUGGAGGGAUCCAAUAACUAAUGGACUCAAGAUGGCUGAAGCCAGCAGAUUUAAAAGGAGACAGGAGGUCAUCCCAGCCUAUGAGCAUGAAUACCGGAGUGGCAACCAACAUGUUGUCCCAGAGUCUAGUGUUAGCUGGCGUGCAGCACAUGGGACUAUGAUGAUCUUCCUGCAGAACGAUGAGGGUAAUCGGCUGUGGCCUCCUACUGACGAAGGAAUCCAAGCGGUAAUGGAUGCAGCCAAACCCAAAUCAGCGCCAUCUACCCCAAUUAGGAAACGUGCAUCAGAAGAUCAAGAGCUGUCCCCGCCAAGGAAGAAACUACCCCUGGAGAGCGAGUUCAACGGUAAUGGCAGUAAGGCUGAAUCAAGCUACAGUAAUGACAAUCACAGUGGUUCUAUGUCAUCAUCAUCAUCAGAUGGAGAAUCAAGGAAAGACUCGAUGGCGGGUGCGUACGGUGCAGCGCCCUCGUACAGUCCUGCUAUGUCAGCAAGAGAUGCGACACAUGCUAAUGACAGAGAGCACAAAAGGAACUCCCCACGUGGAGCAGCAGCUGAGCAUUCGUCUACAUCCCCUUUUGUUAACACCCUCGAGAAACAGGACGUCGAUAACACGAACAAGAGCUGGUUUCACAAUGUGAAGCCUGUUGAAACCAGUCAUGAUACAGGUCAAGAUCGAGUAAGCUAUGGUAGAAGCAAUAGCAAUGAGGGUUAUGGUGGGUCAGUAAUCAUGCACACAAGUCCAUUAAAGACGGACGGCGUAAGCCCCAUGAAGCCUUCCUACAGCACUAGCUCACAAGAGUCUCCCAAAUCUGCUGUGAGCCCCGUCAAGAACAUGGACAACAGUAAAACCAGCAACCUUGGGGUCAUUAACUGGUUUGUCGAUACCAAAUCAAAGCCAGCCCCGAUGAAGACCCUGGCAGACUACACUACUGGCAACACAACUGGCAAUUGGACCGAGGCAAUAAGACCACUGGAAACUAAACCAGUGUUGACAGGCCCUGUGAAGUUUGAGAGCAAGAGUGGGAACAAGUGGACACCGAUCAGCAAGCCCACCCUUGGUAGCCCUGAGAAGGUGGAUGAAGGGAUCGAUGUUUAUGAGUGGAAGGAUGAUGAUGAAGAUACCCAACCAUUGAUGACCAGCCCUGUCAGGAAAGGGGCAAAGGCCAUUGGUAAGGGUGCUAUGAAACUCAAAGCAGUCAAGAGGUUGGAUAGUACUCUCACCUCCAACCAAACAACCACCCAGAAGUCUACUGUAGUUGGGGGACGAGUGCUUAGAUCAAGGAGAGGAGAAUCCAAGUAAAGGUUCAUGUAGGCAAGGUGUGCAGCUUCCAGAUAGAUAUGUUUGAAAAUGCUCAAGGUCUGUUUUAAACUAGUCCAUUUUUUUAUAUAGCCUUUCAUUUCAGUAUUUGAAGUAAUAUGUCUCCCAAUGUUUUUGUUUAUUUGAGGUAAUACCUGGGGAUGUGUCUACCAACAGUUAUGAUGGACUUGAUGCCGCACUUGAAUUCCUAGUUGUGUGCAGUUAUUGACGCAGUUCCAAAUAGCUUUGAUCGUGCUCUGGAAUGUGUGCCAUAUACAUGUAAUGCAUACUAGUUGAAGAGAUAUGCAUUUCAUGAGUCCAGUCAAUCUUAACUAUUUGUGAAACACACCUUACUGUAGAAUGAUGCCUCCCUGUGGUUCAAUCAACUACAAAUUAGGAAUACUUCAUUUAGUUACCUAAUUAAAUAGCUUCAUUGAUAGUAUUUACCAACUGCAUUCCCUGUAAAUAUGCCAGUAUUUAUGUUAGGGGUAAUAUGUACUACUCCUCUUUAAAUGAUACAAAGGUGCUUCGGAAUGUGAAGAACAAAUGUCUUUUGUUUUUAGUUUUUAUGUUUUGUAGCUGUAUUCAAGAUUUGACAUUUUUCAUAUUUGUUUAGAUAAUAUACAGUAUGAUAUAAAUGUAAAUAGAUGAAUGCAAAUAAGCAACAUUGGUUAACUUAAUGUAUAUUUGUGUGAAUAAUAUACAAAAUUACUUUCAAGAGAUGAUUGUAAAAAGUGCAAAUACAACUGCAUGCCACUUUUGUAUUUUCUUGCCAAUAUUUAUAUUGUUUAUCUCUUCUGUGAAAUUUGAAGGUCUAUGUUAUAAACAUUGGAUUUGAAAUUGUUUAGGUGAGUUUUUAUUAUUGUUUUUAUUACAUUUUAUUCAUAUCUUAAUUUUCACCUUUAGGAUUGAUAGAGUUUUCCUACUUUUACAUUGAAUUCACUUGAUAGAGAAAAGGCAUUUGUUUUGUGAGCAUUAUUUAAUCAUGUCAAGUUACAAAAUUUUAAUUGAGGUAGUGAUUGAAAUUUUUGGAAUAGUUCUAAGGCAUUAUUCUUUGCCAAAAUUCAAAAGUUAAUAAAAAUGCUGCUGGACAGCAAAGGUAAAGAGAGUAGUGUUUUAGAGUGGCUAUACCAUUUGGUUUUAUCCAAAAAAGUAACUUUUCCUAAUCCUUAUUUCAUUUCGUAGUCAGUGCAAUUUAUUAGAAAUUGUUACUGCAUUAAAGCUGUAGUGACACCUUUGUGUAUGGGGCUUGGCUUUUGCUUACAUGUAAAUGCAGAUGCAGGGAUGUACAUGUAAAAUAAAUUGGAGUAAUUUGUUUUACAUGUGUUUCAAGUGCAUAGGCAUUUUAAGAGUGCUUGAGCACUCGUUUCAAUUUCUGUGAAACUGUGGCAACAAAGUGCAAGUUAAGAUGGCUUCUUUGUGGAGCUUGAAUUGCAUUUUUUCUGCUGAUUUACCUUGUUUGAAUUCGUUCAGAUUUGUAUAUUGGCCUGUAUUGUUGUGCUGUUGCACCACACUCCCAGCUGCAAGUGCCUUUGCAGUUGCCAUAAUCUACAGUGCAAUCCAGCUCAUACAUUGUGUGCUUUUAUACGAGCUACUAACGAGCUGGACAUGCAAUAUUGCGAUACCUUAAAUCACAUGCCUGUUGCAAAUUGCUGGAUAUAGUUGCGUAUUAAGAACGGAGUAGCUCUGUACACAAAGGUGUGACCCUGAUAUUCGAGAUAUUAAUAAACAUUCCUUAGAAGGUAUUAAAUCUUUAAAUUUAGUUAUGAUGCAUCUCUUAUUGAAAAUAAAUUCAGUAUUUAGCAAACCUAUUUGAUAUUACAUGAAAGGCAGUACAAGUUUUUUUUCCACAACAUUAAUUUCUGUUUUAACGUUCUCUCUUUCUUAAUUAUGAAUUACAUCCUCUUAAUAAUUUCAUGUUUCCAAAGUAUAGUUCUGUAGGUAUCAUACAAUUUUUUGUGUCGGUGCAGGAACACCUUUAGCACCACUCUUCUGCAAACUUCACGGGUGCAGGAAUGCCCUUACUCAAUGCCCACAACUUUGGGCGUGUCUGUGUGCAUGCAAAGCGCCUAUGUGUGGUGCUAAGGGUGUUCCUGCACCAACACGACAAAAUGUUGAUGCAUUGUGGGAAACGUCACCCCUGAAAUAGGUAGAACGAUUACCUCUUUUGGCGUUUCACAAACCUGGGUCA